AUGACGAAGGGCCGUGCAAAGAAGCGCUCGCGCAACUCGGAGGCCCCCUGCAUACUUCGGUUCUGCAACAACCGGGAAGGGGUGACUGCACGGGUGCUGUGGGUGGACUUCAGCGGCAAGGAGAAGGAGUAUGCGCGGCUGGACGAGCUGUGCUACUAUAACCAAGACACCUAUGUCAACCACCCUUGGCGCCUCCGUGAUGCCGCCUCGGGCGACCUGCUGGCAGAGUAUGUCGGCCCCACCGCCACCAUCACGCUGCAGCACGAUGGGAGCACCCACAUAGAGCCUGGCCUGCACCGGCCGCCACUGGUAGAGGUCAGCGACCCACGGUGGGGAACGUACCGGCAGCGUGGCGAGGCGCUGGGCAUCCCCAUCCUGGCCUUUGACUGCGUGUGCCAGGAGGCAGUGGAGACCGCGGCGCACAUCGUGCUCAGCAUGCUGGCUGACGCAGAUGGCAGCAUCGUGGAGUCGAUGGUGGAGGCGGGGGCGGAAGUGGCCAUCAUUGGCUGCAACCAGGUCACCACCGACCUGCCCAUGUACCGCCACCUGCGCGGUGUGGAUUGCGAGAAUGGUGGCGGCGACUACGACAAGGCCACACGUGGGCUGGGGGGCAACCCAGGCAAUCCGGUGACGAGCUGUGGCGAAGAGAACCUGCUGAUGCUUCCAGAGGACCGGUACCGCUACGAAAACAUCUUGAUUCACGAAUUUGGUCAUGCUGUGAUGGACCUGGGCCUGCAUGACAAGCCGCUGCAGGAGUCCAUUGUGGAUGCAUAUCAGGCGGCACAUGCAAGCGGGCGGUACGACCUGAGCUGUUACAUGAUGGAGAAUGAGAGCGAGUACUGGGCGGAGGGCACGCAGGCAUGGUUUGAUGCCACCGUGCGCGAGGACGUGACGAGCGGCGUCAACACGCGGCACAAACUGCAGGAGCGGGAUCCCAAGCUGGCGGAGCUGAUGACGCUGGUGUAUGGGGAUGGCGACUGGCGCUACCCGCAGACCGCGCCCCACAAGUUUGCGCCGUGUGAGGAGAGCAGCGAGCGGCAGCACGGCCAGCAGGCAGAGUCGAGCAGGAGCGGUGCGGGCGCAGCGAUGCAGCGGCCGAUGGUUCAGGUGGUGGCAGCCCAGCACGGCAAAGCAGCGGCAGCGGCGGUGGCGGCAGCAAGCUGGCUGCAGUGCCACGGCGCAUAA